GUCGACGUCGCGGCGCCUGCACCUGGUGCGCGAAAAUUUAUGACACAGCUAGCUGGAAGCGGAAGAAUGUUUGCACGAGAUUGCAGCGGGCUUCCAGCAAUGCAACAAGAUGCUGAUCUCUUGGCAAGUGGUGCGAACCACCGUCCGGAAUCGAAUCGCGCCACGGGUUCGUCGACCGGAAAAUCGCUCCAGUUGAUCUUCGCAUGCCGGCGCAUGAGGGAACCUGGACCGGUGGAUGAUGAAGAAGCAGACCGUGGAUGUGGAAGGGAUCGGGGUCUUUUUCUGGACCCCGCGCUAUCGUCCUCCUCGGCCGCUCGGAGAAUCUCGAGGCUCGGCUUUGGACCAACCGCAACAGCGCGACUACGGUGUAUCCGGAGUCACUUAAUCACCCAAUAUUAAUAUCGCGGACAGUGCGUCGCGUUUACCCGACAUAUAUAUACAUCGUCCUUCCACGCCGGCUUGUCCAGGCUCGCCAUAUUUUUGGCAAGAAGGUAUAGUGGAUAAAGCGCGAAUACGACGAAUCCGUCAUGUCUGUCAUUUGACGCUUUCUGAACGCGCAUUGGUCAACCGCGAAACAUUACGUAUAAUUGAAUCGCAUUUACGCGUCGUCGCACGUUUAUUUAUCAA